UUCGUCACCGUGGACGCCAUCGCACAAUCUUAGACAAUGUUAGACGAAUCUCUCCUAAGAUGGUCUUGACGAGAGAACUCGGUCUAACUUCUGGGUCGAGUCGUGAGUUCACGUACAUCUCGGCUCGAUCUUACAAUUCAAGAGCUUUUUUCACGAUGGGCGAGCACACACUUGCCGUUCCCAUGGAGCUCUUCGCUCUGAACAGGCGGCGUCUGUGGGACUGUCUACGCACCAAGGCGCCUCGAGGAGUGGUUAUCCUGGAGGGCGGCCGGGACGUAGACCUUCACGACACCGACGUCAACUUCGUCUUCCAGCAGGAAUCUUAUUUCCACUGGAUGUUCGGGGUUGACGAACCUGAUUUCUACGGUGCUCUGGACCUGGCGACUGGCCGCAGCUACCUAUUCGCCCCUCAGUUCAAUGAGGACCACACGAUCUACAUGGGUGCCCUUCCCAGUUGCGACGAACUCAAGAAGAAGUACGCUGUUGAUGUCGUGUGCUACGUCAAUCAGAUGAAGUGUGUGCUGAAGGACCUCAAGCCCGAAGUGCUGCUCACUCUGUCUGGCAUCAACUCGGACAGUGGACUCCUAGCGAAAGAGGCCGUUUUCGAAGGAAUAAGCGAGUUCAACGUCGACAAUGCCAUGCUUUAUCCUGAAAUUACUGAGUGCCGAGUGAUUAAGACGAGUUUGGAACUGGAUGUGUUGCGCUAUGUGAACAAGAUAUCAUCUGAUGCUCACAAGCUGGUGAUGAACCGGAUGCAGCCUGGCAUGUACGAAUAUCAGGCAGAGGCUAUCUUUCAGCACUACUGUUACUACACAGGCGGGUGCCGCAAUAUGGGUUACACAUGUAUCUGCACGUCGGGACACAACGGCUCAGUGUUGCAUUAUGGCCAUGCUGCCGCCCCAAACAACAAGCGGAUACAGAAUGGUGAUAUGCUGCUGUUUGACAUGGGAGCCAAGUACUGUGGCUAUGUUGCUGACAUAACCUGCAGUUUCCCAGCCAGUGGAAAGUUUACUAAACUUCAAGCGGCUGUGUACAAUGCUGUCCUCGCAGCCAGAAAUGCUGUUCUCGCUGCUCUUAAACCAGGAGUCAAUUGGGUUGAUAUGCAUUUGCUGGCCAACAAGGAGAUGUUGACAUCUAUGAAAGGUUCUGGCAUCUUGACUGGCAACAUUGAUGAUAUGAUGAAGGCCAACCUGGGAGCAGUGUUCCAGCCGCAUGGCCUGGGACAUCUGAUGGGCAAGGAUGUGCAUGACGUGGGUGGAUACCUCUCUAAUGACCCAGUUCGACCAAAACUGCCUGGACUGCGCAAUCUGCGCACAGCUCGGGUCCUGCGAGCCGGUAUGGUUCUCACUGUUGAGCCUGGCUGCUAUUUCAUUGACACGCUCCUGGACACAGCACUCAAAACACCUGCCCAUUCACGAUUCUUGGUGCCUGAAAUGAUUGAACAACUACGUGGUAGUGGAGGAGUGCGCAUCGAGGACGAUGUUGUUAUCACUGAGACAGGUCACGAGAACCUGACCCAGGUACCCCGCACAAUCGAGGAGAUCGAGGCAUUCAAGGAAAAUAAAAGUUUCACUUAAAAAACUAAAAUUACUAGACAAUUCACAAAAUUAUAGAAUAUUUAAUAAAUUAUGUUAAUUUGUAUUAUGCUGAACAAAAUAUUAUUUUAUGUCUUAUUUUACUUGGAUAUUAUACACAGGUUACUACAGAAUGAAGAUUUUGUGAAUGUUGUUAAUUCUUAUUAACCUAAAUAAAGAAAUUUAUUUUCGUAAAA